UAUUUCACUGGUCAUUCAAAAAUUGGACCGGUUAAUGACCCAAAUCUUCGUACAAAUAUCCAAAUCCAUCCUCUUUGCGUCACUCCCCCUCCUGUGUCUCUCUAGCAUGGAGAUCACCAGCUUAAGCCAAGCCAUGCAGCUACACGCACAAAUCCUCAAAUCACCUGACCCGAAAAACCAGACCCGGAACCUCACCCCACUCUUCACCUUCGCCGCACUCUCACCGGCCGGCGACCUCACCUACGCCCACCUCAUCCUCAACUCCCUCUCCACCCAAAACUCCUUCUUUCACAACACCAUGAUCCGAGCCUACUCUCAAACCUCCGACCCGACCCAAGCUCUGCACCUCUUCCUCUCAAUGCUCUGCCAACCCACCUCACCCCGACCCGACAAGUUCACGUACCCAUUCCUCCUCAAGUCAUGCGCCCGAUUGAAGCAACCCCGGGUAGGAAAGCAGCUCCAUGGGUUGAUAUACAAGUCGGGACUAGAAUCGGAUCGGUACGUGUCGAACGGGUUGAUCCACAUGUAUUCGAGUUGCGGGAAGUCGGGUCGUGCGUACAAGGUGUUCGGGAAAAUGCGUGAGAGAGAUGUGGUAUCUUGGACAUCGAUGAUUGAUGGGUUUGUUGAUGAUGAUCGGGCUGUUGAGGCUAUAAGGUUGUUUGAGGAAAUGGUGGAAGAUGGAGUUGAGCCCAAUGAGGCAACUGUAGUUUCGGUUCUGAGAGCUUGCGCAGACGCUGGAGCAGUUGGUAUGGGGAGGAGAGUUCAAGGGGUUAUUGAGGAGAGAAAGAUUGGUUUGGAGGCCAAUGUGAGAACAGCUCUUAUUGACAUGUAUGCAAAAUGCGGGUCCAUUGGUAGUGCGAGGAAAGUGUUUGAUGGGAUUGUGAAUAAGGAUGUUUUUGCUUGGACUGCUAUGAUAUCUGGCCUUGCUAACCAUGGGCUGUGUGAGGAGGCUGUUACUUUGUUUGAUCAGAUGGAGUCUUUUGGCCUAAGGCCGGAUGAGAGGACAAUGACUGCAGUUUUAUCAGCUUGUAGGAAUGCAGGCUGGGUUAGUGAAGGUUUUGCUUAUUUUAAUAGUAUGCGGUGCAAAUAUGGAGUAAAACCGACAAUUCAGCACUAUGGAUGCAUGGUAGACCUCCUUGCUCGAACUGGGCAUCUAGAUGAGGCUGAGGAGUUUAUUAGAAAGAUGCCCAUUGAGCCUGAUGUGGUUCUGUGGAGAACCUUGAUAUGGGCUUCUAAAGUUCAUGGUGACAUUGAUAGAAGUGAGCGGUUGAUGAAAGAUCGUGGGCUCCUAAAGAUGGAUUCUGAUGAUUGUGGGAGUUAUGUACUUCUUGGAAAUGUCUAUGCAUCUGCUGGGAAAUGGCAUGAUAAGGCAAAGAUGAGAGAGUUAAUGAAUCAAAAAGGGCUUUCAAAGCCACCAGGGUGUAGCAGGAUUGAAGUGGAUGGCUUAGUCCAUGAAUUUGCAGCAGGAGAUUCAGGUCACAUUGAAGCAGAAAAAAUCUAUGCAAAAUUGGAUGAAGUGGAAGAGAGAUUGAAAGCAGAAGGGUAUCAUCCAAAACUCUCAGAGGUUCUGCUUGAAAUUGACAACGAGGAGAAAGCUUUUCAACUGCAUCACCAUAGUGAAAAGCUUGCUGUUGCUUUUGGACUAAUCAAAACUAGUCCAGGGACUGAAAUCCGCAUUGUGAAAAACUUGCGAUCCUGUGAGGACUGUCACUCUGUUAUGAAAUUAAUCUCAAAGAUAUACCAACAGGAUAUAAUUGUUAGAGAUCGGAUCCGCUUCCACCAUUUCAUUAAUGGGGACUGCUCAUGUAAGGAUUACUGGUAGCAGGAAGAUUUAUGUUUGAAUAAUGAUUCAAACAGAGCUUUACGGCACAUGUCACGUAUCACAUGAAUAGAAAACAAAAUUUGUAGAGGUAUUCUAUGGAGCUAAAGAAAAGAUAGGCAUUGCCUUCUUUCCAUCCAUCUUUGUUUUAUUUGUAUGAAAGUGGAGGAAUAUGGGCACCUAUAAAAACAGAAGGCUAACCUGAUAGAAUGGCAAGAUGGUCAUUACAAAUGGGCGUGCUGCUUUGCUUGUGGUGGGCGAUCAUCGAUUGCCUUACGUGCUACGCUUGAAAAGGGUCAAGGAAAGUAAGUGACAUGAGCGCUUACGAAACUAUGAUUAUAUGCAUGAAAUUGUGACUAAAACAUGACAGCUCUUGUCCCCUUAUAAUGUCUUGUAUUUUAUAGAAGUAAAAAUGAGGCAUUAGGACAAGUGGGAGAUUGAAUUUUGCAAAGAAUCUUUAAUCACAUUGCUUUGUUUUUGCUUUCUU